CAGUAGCCUGUGCAAUUUCUUCCCUUUCCUACACACGAAAUUACGCCGAUGGAUCAAGAGUGCGCCUGCAUAUAGUUAAACCUCAAGGCCGAAAUGGAUCACUCUUCCGGAGACGACGAUGACCGUGAUCUCCGUCGCGAGCAUUCCGAUCGGUCGCGUCGAGCGGUUGCACACGGCAGCCGUGACGGAAGCUACGGCGAAGGAAGAUCGAACGGACGGAAUCCUCCGUACCAAUACCAGCACCACAACUACUACCAAAGCUCUCGUGACUACGAUACGCGAUCCCAAUCCUCACAGAAGUCCGACCCAAACAGCGAAACAAGCGCAGGCAGGGGCGAAUUCAUACACUCCAACCUCUCUACAACGGGAUCGGUUGGGUCGCACGGCAGUGGGGGCGGCGACAGCAGGGGCUUUCCCCUCCACGGGCACGUUCACUUUAGAAACCACGCAAUAAGCGCUGCCCACCUGCUCAAUGGCGAUCCCGCACACCAGUUUCCUCCGUCGCUGUACCAGCCGUUGGCGGAUGCUCCGAAAAGCGACACCGCAACCGUAUGCUCCGGUAGCAUGCUGGAAGACAUCGAAGACGUGGGCAGUCACUACGACGGAGAAAGCACCACGAGUGGUCAGUUAUCUGCUUCGAAGCAGCCUCAGCAGCAGCACCACCACAAUUAUCCACCUCCUACUGGUGCCAUACGACGAUCCAAUAGCAAGGAAGGGACUCGGUUGGUAGAUUUUGCAGAACGCUCCCAAGAGGCCCUGCGAGCCGUCUUUCCGAAGCAGAGCAAAUCGGCUGCAUAUGCUAGCCUUUCACAGGAAUCAUCACAGUCCCAUGCUGGUGCUUCGACUUCUGCUGUUGCGACUGCGAGCGGAUCCAACGACGAGGAUGCCGUGCAGCACAAAAAAGGUAUGGGUCCACCGCUAUCCAGGCACUGGCUCUUGCAACAGCACGGGAAUUCACCCUUUCGCACCGGAUCGGUCAAGUCGAUCGGAUCCAACACGGGCAGCGACGUUGUUGUGAACGUAGGAAGCGACUGUGGUGGCUCGCUGACGGACGCACAAUCCGUGCUCAGCCAAGAAGACACGGCGCUGCUGAGUACCGUCAAUUCCGAGAUCUCGAGCGACGUGCCGCCCGCGGCGGCGUCUGCGGCAUCUGCGGGGAAGAGCGACGCAAUCGACGAGGGGGUGCCCCACCCGCUUCUGUGCGAUCGCUCGGACGGCAAAACCAACGGGCGCACCAGCCCGGGUGGCACGAUAUAUCGUGGCAGGGGGAUACGGCGGUACAAAGGCCGGUUCUACGCGCUUCCACUCAAGCGCUUCCACCAGGACGGGGUUCACCUGCACUCAGACAGCGAACCAGAGAGCGGUGUGGAUCGCCAGCAGAAACAGCACGAUCGUUGGGACGAUCGUUCCGGGAGUGACCUUCGGUUCGGAGGCCAGCGCGGGGGGGAGCGCCACAACUACCACGGGCAUGCACCGUCGCGGCGGGAUCGCAGCCGGAGCCGAAGCAGGAGUCGCAGCCCUCCUGCGGAAGGUCGCGGAAGGGAAACCCGCAGCAGGAAGAUGGAUCAAGCGCGCGGAUACGCACUGGAAAAAAAUAGGGACGACGAUGGCUCUUCGUAGGAUUCGUUCGUUCCAUAAUCGUGUUACAGAAAAGGGAACCAGACGACAAAGUGGUUUUUAGGAGCUAAACCUUGUAUAU